AUGGAUAUCAUUCGCUUCACUGGACAAAGCUCUUUAGUUGAGAUAGAAAAUCAACCGCCAAUUAGCAAGCCAAAGUUGAAACAUCCAAAAGAAUUAUUUGCUCGGUAUACAGUCGAACAGAUAAGUAAUUGGAAAAGUAUUGAUCUUUAUUACAUUAUGGGUAUAGAUCCCAAUGAAGCCCAAACAUUCACUGAGAGUCAGUUUAAAGAUGCUUACAAAAAGCAAGCUAAACUGUUUCAUCCGGAUAGAUUAGCUGCUUGUGGUUUACAAGAUGGAGGUGCUUCGUUUAUUGCUCUAAGUAAAGCACAUCAGACUCUAAGUAGUCCGACAAGGAAGAGACAGUAUGACCAUGCUGUUUUUGAUGAGAGUUUACCGGAUGAUCGUGAGUAUACUCCAGUUGAGUUCUUUAGAGUUUUUGGUGAAGUCUUUGUGCGUAAUUCUGUACUGAGUGGCAAACCUUAUACUGUUUCUUUAGGAAAUUUAGAUACGAUAGAUAGUGAUGUGGUUAGUUUUUAUAAGUUUUGGCAAGCUUUUGAAUCGAUUAGAUCUUUUGAAUUCUUAUGUGAGAGUGAGGACUGUCCGAAUCGUGAACUACGCCGGCAUGUAGCCAAUCAGAACAAGGAGUUGUUACAGGCUAAGAAGGCUGAGGAUAACAUGCGGAUAAGGAAGUUAGUUAACUUAGCGAUUAAACAUGAUCCACGCGUUAAUAAGAAGAGUAAGCAACAAGGGCCUAGUACGCCUGUAACGGUUGAUGCCGAUGGGUGGAAGAGUACUGAGAUGGAAGUCUUAACUAAGAUAGCCAAAACUUAUCCUAAAACAACUAGAGGCCGAGUAGACUUGAUUAUUUCCAUGUUCCUCAAGAAGUUCCCUAGCCGUCAGAAACGAGAAGUCUUAGUUAAGCUUCUUAAACUAGAAGCACCACCAAAGAAGACCAGCAAGUAA